AUGGAACUUUUUGCAAAGUUCUUCUCGGUGUUGGUUCUAUGCGUAGCCAUAAUGGCACACCAGGUAGUUGCACUUAACUUACUGAGUGGAGAUCUAAUUCACGGCAAGGAAACACUACCAAGAGGAAAUACUCUAAUCAAUAAGGUAUGCGCAAAGUCCUCAACCAGAGACCUCUGCAUUGAAGUCCUCUCAUCGGACCCAUUGACUAGUCCUAUUGCUGACCUCACGGACUUGGCAAUCAUUUCCCUCAGGGUUGCUGCAAAAAAUGCUUCUGGCAUCCUUACUGAUACUAAAGUUCUCAUCGAUGACGCCAGCCUAGACCCUGAUGUCCAACAAGGUUUGGCUGAUUGUAAGGCGAACAUCUUGGAUGCAGCGAGCCAACUAGAGGACACCAUUGCCUCCUUGUUGACUGGUUUGCAAGAUGACGCACAACGUUGGCUCAAAGCUGCCUUGGCUACCAUCGACACGUGUGACGUCUCCAUCCCCGGAGACGACGAUAUUCUCUUUGUUGAGAGCACCGUCUUUCGUAAGCUAUGCAACAUUGCCAUCAUUGUCACCAAGCUCCUCGCUAAUCCAGAUAGAUUAUAA